AUGGCUGCGGGAGAGCCCCCAGUCUUCUACAGGGAGGCUUCCGCAGGGCGCCAGGUCGGCAGCACCGCCAGCCUUGGGAGGCCUGACGUCCUGUUCCUGCACGGCCAGGCGUUCACCUCCAAGACCUGGGAGGCCUUGGGCACACUGGCACUGCUUGCUGGAGAAGGCUACCAUGCAGUUGCAAUAGAUCUGCCUGGCUAUGGUGAUUCACCUCCAGCGGAGACAGUGGCCACGGAGCAGGGCCGUGUGGCCUUUCUGAACCAUGUUCUCCAGGAGCUGGGCAUGCGGAGGCCCAUUCUCGUCAGCCCCUCCAUGAGCGGCCGCUUUGCCUUGCCCUUCCUCCUGGCAUGGGGUGACCGGCUGGCUGGCUUUGUGCCUGUGGCUCCCGUGGGCACCAAGGACUACACUGCUGAGCAGUACCGGCGUGUCCAGACGCCCACCCUAAUCCUCUACGGUGACCGUGACACAAGCCUGGGUCCCCAGGCCCUGCAGAGCCUCCGGCACCUCCCCAGGCACCGCGUGGCUGUGGUGCCUGACGCUGGCCAUGCCUGCUACCUGGACAAGCCAGAGGACUUUCACCAGGCCCUGCUGGGCUUCCUGCGCCAGCUGAAGUGA